AUGUCAACACCCCAAGGAUCUGGACCUGGCUCCGGCUCUGGCAUAGGCCCACACUACUAUGUUGGACCCUUCGGUCGUAUGUUACCCACAGAUGGCCCAUCCUCGGAGCAGCAACCCGAGCUUUCAGCUAAUUUACAAGAAUCCGCGGACCUUCCAUACCAGCUUCCACCCCCGCGCGCACAUGCUAGCCUACAAUUCGGUUCUGAUCCCUUUACUCGGCAGCAAGAUAGUCCCCAGGGGAAAGACAGUCGAUUAAAUCACCAUAAGCCAGAACAACUUCCCUCCGUGAGUCAAAUACUCACUCCAACACCGGGUACCAAUUCAGCGCAAUACCCUAAACCAUUUGCGAGUUCAACACCAAACAUGGGGCGUCGUGAAUCUGCAUAUCCGCCUCUUUAUCACGACCCGAAUCUCCAGGUUUCGCCAACCUCUGUACAUGAUAGAGGCCGCUCUGAAUCUCUCCCACAGCUGCAUACUGGCCUGCCUUCAUUGUCACAAGUGGCUCUGCAUGGCCAUGGAGGGAUACGAAAUCACACACCGACAAGAAGUGAUCCAUCCGCUACAUCCUUUCCACACGGCCAGAUACCCCUUCACAGCACAUCCUCACAUGAUCAAGCACCAAGUGGGGAGUUGUCAUCUCCGGAAAGUUCGAAUCGGUCACGGAACCAGCCCCUCCGCCCUCAUGUGGUAGAUGAGCGAGUAAUUGACGGGGAGCUCUGCUUCGUAUAUGCAGACGGGUCCUUCUGUCCCAAAUUCAUCGACGGCACACCCGUUAACGCGAAUUGGGGUGUAACGAAGGCCGGCCGGCCGAGAAAGCGCCUUGGACUUGCCUGCUUGACCUGCCGUGAGAAGAAGAUCAAGUGUAAUCCUAACCCAACUCCUAAGGCCGUCUGUGAUCAAUGCCGGAAAUCUGGACGGGAAUGCAGGUUCGAAAGUGCCCCGCGGGGGAAUCGUCCUCCGUUGAGAGGAUCAGCAGGGCCGUCUGGCAGACCCGACCAUUACGCCCCUACUAGCCACGGCGCUUUGGAUAUUUCUACUUCACCUUACGACAUCGCUCGAGCCUCGGACAGUGCGACCUCCCUUCCAGGGACCACCGGCCACUCACCAAUCUCAGAGGGCUCGAGGUUGACGCCGUCUGCCCAAGAAGCCACCUAUGAAACCAUGGCCGACGCGGACAAAGCUUUAACGUCCCGACCUUACCGAUUCCCACCGUCUUUACCCGGCACAGAUGAUACCAUCGGACGACCGUCGGCACAUAUCGAGUCUACUCGUUCGCCCGAGUACUCCGACAUUCUAGGGGAACUCAAGGACAACAACUCGACCGACCCCCUUGCGGCCUCGUGGCAGGUGGACCCGUAUGAAAACGACCCAGAAGCGGCGGUUCAUUACACCGAGUGUUAUUUCUUGCACGUAAAUGACGGUCUGUACCACAUGUUCCCGCAUGGACGAUUCGGCUCGUGGUUGAAGACCUACCCUACCAAGUCUGCAGACGACAAGAUGCUUCUUUAUUCAAUGAUGGCUCUUGGAUCUGUGUUCUCGGAUAGACCGGACAAAAUGGCAGCUAUGAAACGAUACUCUCGUAUAGCGCGCUUUGCCAUUAACAGAAGCCAGCAUACUCUCUCUUUGCAACUUGCUCAGAGCCAUAUCAUAAUGAGUCUUUGGUACUAUGCUACAGGGUCGCUGGUCGGGUCUUGGGACUCGAUAGGCGCAGCAGGAAGAGCCGUCUUUGGACUUCGUUACAACGUGGAAUCUGGCGGUGUUGUUGUGGAUCAAAGCCAGAUAUGUGACUACGGGUUGCAUCCGCAGGCCUUGAUUGAGUGCAGACGGCGAACGUUUUGGAUUGCUUUCGUGCUUGAUCGAUUCUCAAGCCUCUAUUCCUCUUCGUCGACUUUCAUCUCGUCAGAUGCAGCCCUGCUGAGGCUCCCGUGCCGAGAAGAAAUCUACGAGACUCAGCAGUACGCAACAGUUCCCUAUUUCCAAUCAUUCCUCAACCACAUCCCAGCUUCUCCUGCAUACAACCGAAUCGCCGAAGAAUUCCACACCACCAUCAUCCAAAAGUCCAAUCAAUGGAUGACCCGACUUCCCGAGUACCUGUCAUUCUCACAUAUAAAUCUAGAACGAAGCAUCCGGCAAAGAAAAGCAGAUACCUUCAUUUCAACCCAUUUGUUCUACCACGCCAGUUUGAUGAAACUGUACAGACACGCCCGCUACCAGAGCCUCCGACCCGAAAUACUAGGCCAGUACAUUCACCGCGCUCGAUAUCACGCCGUUGAGAUCCUUCGCAUCUCCCUUACCUUCGACCAAUACGCCAAAAAGAUCGUCCCUUCUCGGCACAACACAGAGACUUCCAUUUCUCAAUUAACCCUUCUGAAUCCAUUCCUCGGUUACGUGAUUCUAUCAGCCGUGGAUGUCCUCAGCUCCGCUGGUCUGGCGUCCCAGUUGCACGAAUGCAUCUCUUAUAUUAGAGGUGCAUUAGACACCGUUCAAGAACUCGGUCGCUAUUGGGAUAGCUCUUUGCAACUGGUCAAUGUGCUUCACAGACGCCUGGGUCUGAUGAUUAGCUGCCUGAAUGAGCGCAGCGUCUUGACGGAGAAACAGGGCUUUGCGCUCGAUGGCCCGCCGCUUGAGACGAAGGUCCAUGCUGGCGCUUUGCAUUCUCAUCCGCCUGCAACUAUGGGUGAGGAUCUGUUUACGGGUUCGAUGCCUAGAGAGGUGCUUUUGAAUGCUCUACGACUUGAUGAGACACUCAUCUCGGAGAGUGGUAUCGCUUGGAUUAGAGACCCAUGA